AUGGCUGGUUUUCAAUAUGAUCCCGCAAUUGAUUUCAAAAACAUUGCGUUCACUAAGUCGGAUUUAGAGAACCUACUCCCGCAUUGGAAUACAAGAAUAAAGGAGAUCUAUCAGUACAAAAAAAACAAUGCCAUAGAAAUACAGUUUCUUAUUGCUGCAAAGACUGUGAGUGAGGUCAAGCAGUGGCUAAAUGAAUAUGAGGAGAAAACAAAAUGCACAUACUCAAUUCGAUCUACUGACAAAUGUUCAGGAACAAAGGUGAGGUUGAAACAAAAGCUCAAUUGCCGGCACAAUACCAGAACCAGGGACAAAUCCAAAAGAUCAAGAAAUACUAAUUGCCCUUCAUCCAUCCAUAUAACUUUGAGAGCAAUACCAAGAAAGUACAGAGGAAUAGACAAGACAAAUGCACCAGACCCUGAUAUGCCUUGUUUAAUCAAGUUGAUUCCAAAUCAUAAUCAUCCAACUUCUGGUGCUGAAGCCUUGAGGUAUAGGCGGGUGAGUGAUGAAACUAAUGACAAAUUAAUUAACCUAUUUGAAGCUGGACACUCACCUUCAAGUGCAAUUGAAUCUCUCAAAAUGGAAAUCAAGAUGAGAUGUGACUAUGAUGAUAUUCUUGCUGACAGAAGUACUUUUCCUGAUUAUUCAUACUGCUAUCAUUUGUACAAGAGAACAUUCAAUGAAAAAUAUGUGCCAAUGGAAGUAUCCCAUGAGUUUUUGGAGAAAAAAGUUGAAAAAUUCAAUGAAGACAACAAGGUUAAAAGUGCAGGGAUUAAAUUCAUAGAUGAUGACUAUGUGAUAUGUUUAUGCCCGCCUCUGAUGCAAAGAGUCCAUGAAACCGUCGAAGAGGCAUCAGAGAUCGUUUUCAUGGAUUCGACAGGCACUACCGGCGGUGACAGCAACCGAGUCUACGUCCUACUGACAGCGAAAAGUUAUGUCAGUUUGCCUCUCGCCAUUCUCAUAAUGACAUCCGAGUCCAGCCAUCUGAUUGCCAUCGGCUUCCAGCUCUUGAAGGACAUACUGGGCGAUAAAGUUUUCCACGGCAGGGUAAACGGCCCCACUUUUUUCAUGAUCGGGGACUCAGCGGCAGAGCAGGCUGCUAUUCAGGCUGAAUGGCCUGACAGCACCGAUAUGCUGUGUUCGUUUCACGUGUUGCAGUGCGUUUGGAAGUGGCUGAUGAAUUCGAAAAACGGAGUGCAAGUGGACCAUCUGCAUACACUUUUCGAGGGGUUCAAGAAGAUCAUGUAUGCCAGCGACGAAGCAGCCUGCUCUGCAGCUUAUCAAGUUGCUCUGACUGAAUCGGGGAAAUGUCGUGGAUACCAAUCAUUCCUAGAAGAGUACUGGGGCAGAAGACCCCUUUGGGCUUUGUGUUACCGGGAUUGUUCGAAACGAAGGGCAAAUGCAGAUGAAAUUAAUGAAGCUGCCAUGCGUUUACUCACAGAAAAAAUCUUCGAAGGAAUCAAAACAUUCAAUCUGAUCCAAGUGGUGGAUUUUAUGAUAAACACAUUCACUUCUUAUUAUGAAAGAAGCAUUUUGGAUGCUGCUCACAAUAGGAUAGAAAAUAACUUACUGCAUCAGAUAUUCAGCCCGCCUCCAAAACGAGGAAUAGUAGCUGGCAUACAACAUUUGAGUGAUAAUAUUUAUCUUGUACCCAGUGAAAAAAACUCUGAUGACUUAUACAUUGUUAGUUCUGAAGUUUUAAUUUGUACAUGUAGCCAAGGCAAGAACAUUUUUGUGUGUAAGCAUAUCGGUUGGAUUUGUUGUUAUCUGAAACCGGAAAAAUUCAUUGAAAAGACUGAUAGUGAGAAGCUGAGAAGGAAAUACUAUUUCAUUGCCACUGGCAUUCAUCCCCACACGAAUUGGCCGUAUUACGGGGCGAACCUGAGUGACAAUUUCAACAUAUUAACGUCCAUGGAAACUGAUUCUGACAAUAUGGAUACGGAUUCUUUAAAUGGGAACAAGGAUUCGCGGGAUUCAGAAGAAAAGCGAAAGUUUCUUUCAAUAGGCAGGGAAACCAUAAAUGAGAUGAACCAUCAAUUCUAUCAGUAUUUAGAGCUGUCUCCACAGAAAGUUUCAAAGGCCUUGAGAGCUUUUAAUAAGGAACUUAAACAAAUUAAGACCGCCUCGGAAUUUGUAAGAUCUUUUCAUGAUUUCUCCUCAGGUACGAAUCCGAGGGAAACAGAUACAGAAUCUGGUGGACUACAAUGGCUGCAUUCCCCAAAGAAUUCAGAUGAAUAUGAAUUAAAUAGUGAUUGA